GCACGGGUACCAGGAAGAAGCAGAAGGCAGAGGAGUGCCGGGCAGGAGGGCGGAGCGGACCUCUGUUACGUGCAGGAUCACGCCCCUUGGGGAGGGCGCUACGCCUGCGCCGGAACGGCCGUCUCGCUCCCGGAAGUGGAGGGUGUGUCAGAGAGAGCCGCUGGGUCUCGGUGCCCGGAGGCAGAAGCGCUCGCAAAGCUCGCCCGUCAGCCCCCGACUGCCAUGUCAGCCUUUGACACCAACCCCUUCGCGGACCCAAUGGACGUAAACCCCUUCCAGGAUCCCUCUGUGACCCAGCUGACCAGUGCUCCACAAGGUGGCCUGGCUGAAUUCAACCCCUUCUCAGAGCAGACAAAUGCAGCAACAACGGUUCCUGUCACCCAGCCUUCUGGGCCCUCGCAGCCAGCGGUUCUCCAGCCCUCAGUGGAACCAACCCAGCCAACCCCCCAGGCUGUGGCCUCUGCAGCCCAGGCAAGCCUACUCCGGCAGCAGGAAGAACUGGACAGGAAAGCAGCCGAGCUAGAACGAAAAGAGCGGGAGUUGCAGAACACUGUGGCCAACUUACAUGUGAGAGAGAACAAUUGGCCGCCUCUGCCUUUGUGGUGCCCUGUCAAGCCCUGCUUCUAUCAAGACUUCUCCACAGAGAUCCCUGCUGACUACCAACGAAUAUGCAAGAUGCUCUACUAUCUCUGGAUGUUGCAUUCAGUGACUCUGUUUCUGAACCUGCUUGCCUGCCUGGCCUGGUUCUUAGUCGACAGCAGCAAGGGAGUAGACUUUGGCCUCUCAAUCCUGUGGUUCGUGAUCUUCACCCCCUGUGCCUUCCUUUGUUGGUACCGACCCAUCUAUAAGGCCUUCAGGUCGGACAACUCUUUCAGCUUCUUCGUGUUCUUCUUUGUAUUUUUUUGUCAAAUAGGGAUCUAUGUCAUCCAGUUGGUCGGCAUCCCUAACCUGGGGGACAGUGGUUGGAUUGCAGCCCUGUCUACGCUGAAGCAAGACUUGGCCGUGUCAAUCAUCAUGAUGGUGGUAGCUGGCUUCUUCACACUCUGUGCUGUGCUCUCACUCUUCCUUCUAAAGCGGGUGCACUCUCUGUACCGCCGGACUGGGGCCAGCUUCCAGCAAGCUCAAGAGGAAUUUUCCCAGGGCAUCUUCAGCAACAGGACCUUCCGCAGCGCUGCCUCAUCUGCUGCCCGAGGAGCCUUCCAAGGGAAUUAGUCCUGACUCUCUUCCCUGUGCCCCAGCCAUUUUUCCUGCCUGCCUUCUGAGCUGCACUUUCCGUGGGUGCCUUAAGCAGUGCUAUGGCCAGCACAAACCUGGAGAGGGUCUUGCUGUGGCUCUUCCUCCUUCCUCAGCAACCAGCUUUCCCUUCCACCCAAGGGAAGGGGAGGGAGGGACAGGAACUUUUUUCACAUAAGAGAAAAGGGGGGAAAAAAGUUUUUCUUCUCUGGUGGUGGUUUGGUAGGAUUCUUUUGUCCCUCUGAAGCAGUGGGACUGAGGUUCUCUUUUCCCUCCACACACACACAUAUGCACAUAUGUACACACUUGGGAUCACUGGCCAACCUGGGCCUACCCAGCUGGCGUUGUAUUUCUGCCAGGGGCCUGGGCCUCCGCUCAUCCCCUAGAAACCUGGCCUGAAUCUGGCUUCACAGCCCCAGCCUGUGGCUUCCAUAGUCCUGCCCUCCCUUCCUGCUGGGCUGGGAUGACCUACCAAGGGCUCCCCUUUAUAUGAGCUAUGGCCUGGGCUGGUGGACAGCUCUGUUCCCCCAGAUCACUCUGAUUAGGUCUCUGGGCUUCCAGAACUUCUGGCCGGUUCCUCAGCCUCUUCUCUGCUUCAUAUUUCUCACAAACAGAUUCAUAGCCCUAUCGGCCACCUGCACCUUCCAGCUGUGGGCAGCACCCUGUGCCAUCUGGGGCCCUCCCUGGGCCCUCCCCUCCUUAGACUUACUGAAUGUGCAUUGGGGUUGGUUGGGAUUUGGGGAUGGGCAGGAACAGAGGACAACCUGUGUUGUCCUGCCCAGCCUUUAACAAUCUUCUAGGAGGAGUUUGUGUGACUGUCCCGGUGUGGGUUGUUUGUCCAUUUGUUUUGAUUUCCUCUUCUCCUGGGGGACAGCUGUGCUCUGCCUUGGCCUCACAUUCUAACCGUUUGUUCCCUCAUCAGCAAUAUCUAGCUUGUAUGACUCUUAGGAAGGGCAGGUAGAAUCAGUUCAGAACUGAAUCCUUCAGACUGGUCUCAUGAGCCAGAGUUCCAGACUCAUCCUCCAGGGUUCUCCCAUACCCCGAGUAGAAGUAGAGUCUAGGUCACUUUCCACUGGUCCUAGGGAUUCCCCAGGCAGUGUGUCACUGUGAUGAGCACCUAGGAGUCCACCAUUAACACCUGCACCCUGCUCUGCUGUGGACUGAGGGAACUUCUCAAAAAGCAGACCAAUCCAGAGGCAGCCCUGUCUAUAGCCCACUCCACUCCAGAGCCACUGAAUGAUGAUUUAAUGACAGUGACCAAGGUUUUGUAAAUUUCUGGUACUUUUUUUCUCCAUGUACAAAGGUAUAUGUUGUUUCAAUGUUGUGCUUAAAUAAAGACAUUUUCAGACAACA